AUGGAAGACGGAAUCAUGCAGCUACAGCCUGGGCGCAGUGUAGGCUUCAUGACCCUCGGUUGCUCCCUACACGAGGUACUGACGACGAUCAAAGCCGAAGUCAAGGCCUUCCCACGCUUCCAACUCUACCACGACGAACUACGACCUAUAUCAUCACCCGUUCAAGUCGUCCUCCCUGACAACGGUCUGAGGCUACAGUUCGACGGCCCCGACCAGCGCCUGCGCCUCAUCGAAGUGCUCGAUUUCGCAAAGGCCAAGUUGGUAUACAAGGACAUCGACGUAUAUAAGCCCGGUGAAGGAGGCUUCUCGGGCGGCGUAUCAGGCCCAAGGUUUCGACAUGUCUACGACAAGCUGCUGGGACCGACCUAUGGCGGAGAGUACAUACCCCCGAAGUCCGAAGACCCGAAUGCGAGCGGCACAUACAACCUAUCGUAUCCAGGGAUAGCGUUCAACUUCCCAGUUCAACACUCCGCCUACUCUCCAAAGAAGGACUUCAUCUCGCUUCUGUCCUCGUCAGCUACUGGGUCUGCAACAUCCAUGGCGGUCUUCAACGGCGAGUCAUGGCAGAAAGCCCGUGGAACAUUGUUCACAGCAAUACCGCCGAAUCCGAGGUCGUUGGCCCUAGGCAAAGCAAAAGAUGGUGGUCCAGACGAGAUCGAGACGGUCAAGGUACACGGAGAGGGUAGGAUAGAGCUCGUCAGGCGCUCCAGUCCUCCAUUCUGGAUCGUCCUCAGCGAGACAACGCCACAGGAUUUGAUCAUGGAGCUUGGUGCCCCAGACUCCAUCUACCGCAAGAACGAUCAUCGCCUAUCAAUACAUAAAGACCGGAGGACAAGUGACGCGUCAGAUCUCUCGCCUGGUGGUCUCACUCCAGAUGAUGACUCAGACCACGGCUCGGUCGUCAGAAGCGACGACGAAGAUGCUUGGGAAGAUGAUGACGAGGCCGCACUAGAAGCUCAGGAGCGAGAAGUCGCUGCGGCUGAGCACUUCUACAAUUACUACCAUCAUGGCUUUGACAUUCUUAUCUCUCAACCCACGCAGAUCUCCCCACCUUCUCCUACCGCAGAGAGGCACGAGUCGGAACUACAUGCGCAAGGCGAGCUCAGCGCGCAACCCCUAAACCACCUUACCGCAAUCAAGAUCAUAUUCCACGGUAACGUGCCUGGUUCGUACCAAUUCAAUCGGCACAGACGAAGCAGAUGGACGCUCGAGCACGUCCCAUCAGCCAUGUACCGCGAUCCCCUUAGUUCGGAGAUGGGCUUUGGAGACAUUUCCGGUCGGCUGAAGGAAGUAUUCAAGCCAUACUACGACAAUGAAGAGCAGGAGAGAUUACAGCAACGCGGCAUGGCCCUGAACAGAGGCUGGGGCGACAGCCCUGGUAGUAGCUGCGAACUUCUUGGAGGAUGGGAAGAGAGUUCCGGCAAGAAGAGCAAGUUCGCGAAUGCCGGCAGUGUAUUGAUGGAGGGCGCUGCUGAUGUCGGAAACGUAGAGCUGUUUGGAUUUCCGGGCAUGGUGUUUGAGGUGCUGAAGAACGGAGCUGCGAGCCCCGAACGCGUUGUACGUUAUGGACACCUGGAGAAGCGGUUGAAUGGACAGAAUGGCGAGGCGGAAGGCAAUGCGCCAAAAGAGACAUUUACUUUGCAUGAUGGACCGCCAUACGCCAAUGGGCCAUUGCACAUUGGACAUGCCUUGAAUAAGAUCACCAAGGACAUCAUCUGCAGACACCAGGUCGGACAGGGAAAGAAGGUGUCAUAUAUACCUGGCUGGGACUGCCAUGGUCUGCCCAUUGAGAUCAAGGCUCUGCAGGCGCAAAAGAAGGAUGCGGCGCAAGCCGACCCUGUAAGCGUGCGUGACGCUGCGCGCGAACUGGCGACUCGGACGAUUGAAGAACAGAAGCGCGGCUUCAAGGAAUGGGCUGUCAUGGGUGACUGGGACAACGCGUAUCAGACCAUGGAGCGAGGCUUCGAGAUCAGACAGCUGGAAGUGUUCAAGAGCAUGUUUGAGAAGGGCUUGAUUUACAGGCAGUUCAAGCCUGUCUACUGGAGCCCGAGUUCGAGAACAGCGCUUGCGGAAGCCGAACUGGAGUACGAUGAGGGUCACAAGAGCUUAGCUGCUUUUGUGCGAUACCCAGUACAUCUUUCAGAGGCUUUGAAGAACGGGGCUUUGAAGAAGGUAGACCGUGAAGUUAGCGUAGUCAUCUGGACGACCACACCCUGGACUCUGCCCGCGAACAAAGCGAUCGCGGUUCACAAGGACAUGCAAUACUGCGUAGUCAAGGAUGCUGAGAAGGACGGCGAACUGAUCCUGGUCGCAGCUUCACGAGUAGCGGAGUACGAGAAGAUUCUUGAGCGGAAGCUCGAAGUAGUCCUCGCAGACGUGCGUGGUGCAGAUCUCGCCGGUCAAGUUCAGUACGAGAAUCCGUUCCAGAAGGCAAAUGGACUGCAGCCGAUAAUUCAUGCCGACUUUGUCACCGACUCCUCAGGUACUGGAUUAGUCCAUCUCGCUCCUGGACAUGGUAUGGACGACUACAACGUAUGCAUGGCGCUCAACGUUCCAGCUUUUGCGCCCAUAGAUGAUGCUGGUGCUUUCACCAAGGACGCGUUUCCGGAACAACCCGAGCUUCUGGAAGGUCUACCUGUCGCUGAUAUCAAGAAGUCGGGUAGCAAUGCUGUAUGCAACCAUCUCCAGACGCUGGACAUGCUUCGGGGCAAGCAAAACUACCGCCACAAAUAUCCCAUCGACUGGAGAACGAAGGAACCUGUCAUCACGCGUGCUACUGAACAGUGGUUCGCCAACGUAGAAGGUAUCAAGGACGCGUCGAUGAAAGCGAUUGCCGACGUCAACUUCAUGCCUGAGACUGGUAGAAGUCGUCUAGAGAGCUUUAUUCAGGGACGCAGCCAAUGGUGUAUCUCGCGACAACGUGCUUGGGGUGUCCCUAUCCCCGCCCUGUACAAGGUCGAGGGCGACACACUAACAGCGAGCAUGGACUCUGAGACCAUCGACCAUAUCAUCGAGGUAAUCAAAGAACGUGGCAUCAACGCCUGGUGGACGGACUCGCAGGACGAUCCAGCUUGGAAGCCGAAGCAUCUCACCGGAACAUACGUACGCGGUAGAGAUACCAUGGACGUCUGGUUCGAUAGUGGCACCAGUUGGAAGCUCCUUCCGCAGCAAAAAGACAAGCCUGUUGCUGAUGUAUACCUUGAAGGCACUGACCAACACCGCGGCUGGUUCCAGUCAUCACUCCUUACCCACGUCGCAACCCAGCCUUACUCUACAGAGACCGUCAAAGCACCAUACAAGACUCUGAUCACCCAUGGCUUCACGCUCGACUCCGACGGCCGCAAGAUGAGCAAAUCUCUCGGCAACGUUAUUUCCCCAUCCCAAAUCAUGUCCGGCGAACUCCUCCCACCCGUGAAACGAAAGAAGCAAAAAGGCGUCAAGCAAGACCCAGCAACUAAGCACACACCAACAUACGAUGCCAUGGGCGCCGAUGCUCUUCGCCUCUGGGCCGCAAGCAGCGACUACAUGCGCGACGUCACGAUCGGGCAGCCCGUCCUAAUGUCCGUAAACCAAGCUCUCCACAAGUACCGCGUCACCUUCAAAUGGCUGCUAGGCAUCUUCUCGCUUCCAUCGUGCCCACCACCCUUCGCCUCUUUCAACGAACUCACACCCUCCAUCGCCGAAUUCAGCGAACUCACUGACCGCCUUGCCGUUCACCGACUGGUACAAGUCAGUGCAGAAGUACACAAUCACUUUGGCAGAUACGAGUUCUUCAAAGGUGUCAACGCGAUCAACAAGUACAUUUCCAUGGAUCUGAGCGCUUUCUACUUCGAAACACUCAAAGACCGGGUGUACACUGGCGACACAAAGGACUGCGAGACACUUCAGCGCGUUUUGGGACUCAUCUUCUACGAGCUGUUGCAAAUGCUUGCUCCAGUCUGUCCGCUGCUUGUUGAAGAGGUCUGGGAUUAUGUCCCUGCGGAGCUCAAGGAGAAGAGUGUUCAUCCCGCACGCGCGGUUUGGUCGCCUCUCCCCGCGCUCGCGGCGUUUGAAUCUGCUAGUCUGGAGGCCAUGAGCGAGACAACUAGCACGCUGGGCGCAGCCAUCAAGAUCGCACAAGAGCGUCUCCGUGCCGAGAAGAAGAUCGGUUCAAGUCUCGAGAGCGCAGCGACGGUUUACCUACCAAAGUCGACCAACGCGGAGAUUUUCUACGCUGAGUUCACGAAAUGUAUGCAGCCUACAUUCCUCACGCCAACGGAUCUCGAAACUCAGCUCGCUGGCCUCUUUGUUAUCAGCGAUCUUCGAUUUUGGACACCAACAGGGUCGUUUUUUGCGAACAAUGUGUUCACGGCGGAGGAUUCUGAUACGUUGAAGCAGCGGUCGCAGUGGUGGGAGGAGGAAGCGCUUUCGAGUGAUGCGGGGGUGUUGGGGAAAGCGAAGGUGCUGGUGCACCCGCCUAGUGGGCAGAAGUGCCCGAGGUGUUGGCGCUUUGUCAAGGAGGAGAAGGAGGAGAUUUGUGGGAGGUGUAAGGGUGUUGUUUCGCAGCAGGGUGGGGUAUAG